AUGGCUUCUGGUACAAUCAGUGCCACGCCGCAGGCGGUGAUGGGCCACGUUACGAAGCUCAGUGAUAAUGACCCCGACUUCCGUUUCAUGGCCCUAAACGAUUUACUUCAACUUCUGAAUAUCGCUAAACCGGACUUUCUGCACCACGACUAUAACAUCGCCGCUCGUACUGUUGAUAGUCUCAUCAAGGUGUUGGACGAUCAAAAUGGUGAGGUGCAGAACCUCGCAGUGAAGUGCCUGGGCCCAUUUGUGGGCAAGAUCCCGACACCCGUUAUCGCUCCCAUGAUCGAGAAGCUCUCGUCGCUGAAGCUUAAGAACUCCGUGGACAAUGCUGUUCCUUCACUUGCACUGCGAAAUGUAAUCAUCGCUCUCCCUCGACCAGUUCCAGGCAUCCCACCAACAAACGAUGUGGGGGAAGCAUAUAGCGCCAUCAGCCGCGUGUUGAUCCCCCGGCUUAUUGGACCCGGCCCCAAAACCCAGGUUCCAAAGAACCCCAAGGUCCCUCUUCCUCCUGUCCCCGAGGGACUCCUACAAAAUGAAGGCGACCUCAACGCAGAAGCUGUCGAUGUAUUGAUUGAGGUUGUCCGAUGCUUUGGACCUAUGCUCGUCCAGGUUGAAGUAGAGGCUAUGCAAGAGGUUGUUAUUCAGCUACUUGAAAGCGAGAAAGGGACAUCAGUUGUAAAGAAGAGGGCUGUCGUGGCUAUAUCUAUGCUCGCUGUCUAUUUGUCUGACGAGCACCUGGAAGAAGUAGUCAGGCGAAUCACCCUUGGUCUAACGAAGCAAAUCAGCCCUGUUACCAGGAGGUUAUACAUCUCGAUCCUCGGUAGUAUGGCCCGGUCGAUUCCCGCACGAUUUGGACCCCAUCUUGCAAGUGCUGCACCCUUGAUCAUCAAGGCACUUAGUGAGGAAGAGCUUCAAGAACAUCUCGAUGCUCUUAGCGACGGAGACGAUCUUGGGCAAGAUUUCAACGAGGUCCGAGAAGCUGCUUUGGUAGCCCUAGAUGCCUUCUUGGCAUCAUGCCCCCAAGAGAUGCGCCCGUUCACAGAUGAAACCAUAGAAGCCUGCCUGCGAUAUCUCAAAUAUGACCCCAACUACAACGUGGAUGACGAGGACGAGGAUAUGGAGGAUGAAGAGGAAGACGAAGAAAUGGAUGAGGACGGCGAAUUCGAUGCCGAUGAUGGCUUUGAGGACGACGAUGAUGACGCUAGCUGGAAGGUUCGACGAUGCGCUGCAAAGACCAUCUACACAGUUAUCUCAACACGUGGUAGCGGUGACUUGCUUGAGAACGGUGUUCUAUACAACCAGACGGCACCUCAUCUCGUCAAACGUAUCUCUGAACGAGAGGAGAACGUUCGUCUUGAGAUCAUUUCGGCACUUUCGCUCUUGGUUCGCAAGACUGGUGAAGGACUUCCCACAACAGACCUCUCCCUAGACGAUCUUGAGCCAGAAUCCGAGACCCGCAUCCCCAUCAGCCGGAAACGAAGACGCCAGAGUAGUGGUGGAGGUGCUUCUGCGUCCCAAUUCAUGUCAGGAUCUGGAUUGGUUUCACCAGUCCUGGAGAAAAUUCCUCCUAGCGGUCCACGAGCUGACUUGGCUCGCCUUACACCGUCUAUUGUUAAGGCAAUCACCAAGCAACUCAAGGGCAAGACUAUUCCUACCAAGCAGGCAGUCAUAAAGCUUCUGGAUGACAUAGUUUCAGUUCAACACGGCGGAUUGGCUGAGUACUUUGACCAAGUCAUUGGGCCUAUAAUUGAGGCUAUCCAGCCUACUGGUGCUGUAACUGCCUCGACUCAAGUGGCGUCCCAUUCCGGCUCCUCUUCAGCGACCCCAAGCACGUUGCGAAUCACUGCUCUUAGCGUGAUCAGUGACAUUGCCAAGACUCACUCGUCAACUAUUCUACAGCCCUAUCUUACGAAGAUUGUCGAUGGUGUUGCAUCUGCUGCCAACAACCGUUUCUACAAGAUCUCAAGUGAGGCUAUCCGCACUGUUGAGGAGUUGAUCAAGACGAUUACUCCACGGUCACGUAAUGCUGCUUCCAAGUACAAGGCUGAGCUGGAAAAGCUUUAUACCGUCAUUAUAGAAAGGUCUUCCGCCCAGGAUGCCGAUGCCGAGGUUCGCCAACGCGCCAUUCAUGCAUUGGGAGUCCUUGUUUCGCGAACUUCAACCUCCGAGGGAUCUUCCCUUCUCUCUGAGGAUAAGGUAAAGACUGCUCUGGGAGUCCUCCAAGAGAGACUGAAGAAUGAGACUACUCGCCUUGCUGCUGUCCGCGCUGUGGAGAACGUUGCCCGUUAUGCCCGGACCCCUGAACAACUGGACAAGGUAUGGGUUCAGGAUGUUAGUUUGGAACUGGCAGCACAGCUACGAAAAGCAAAUCGGUCGCUCCGUGGCUCCAGUAUUAUUGCUCUUCGUAACCUUGUCUUGUCGCCCGCCACGAAGGGUCAGCUCGAACCUGACACUAUUCAAGGAAUUGUCACCGAAUUGAUGCCUAUCAUCGUUAACAGCGAUGCGCAUCUCCUUGGACCGACAUUAAUUAUCCUUGCAAGCUUGGUGCCCGAGCACCCUGAGCUGGUGGUCACUGAUGGGAUGAUCGAUGCCCUCUCGCAGCUUCUCAAGGAACAUCACGCAGGGAUCGUUCUUGACCAACUUCUUGUGCUAGUCAGCAAUAUUGGCGAGAGCGGAGUCGGCCAGGGGCUCAUGCAGGGACUUCUGAAAAACGUCAGCGUUGCAGGUGAUCCUCCUGUCGUUGGUAAAGUCAUUGGAACUCUGCUCGUUACCGGUGGAGAUUCAGUUGGUGUCAAGCUUGAUAGCUUUGUCACGGAGCUCUAUACAAGUGCGAAAACGAACGACGAAGCCCGAGUCAGUCUUGCACUGGCUGUUCUAGGUGAAGCCGGAAAGAGACUCGGAACAAGCUCGACCAUGAAGCCUGAUCUUUUCUUGGACCAGUUCCACGAGGAACCAGACAAGGUUUCUCUCUCGGCAGCCGUGGCUCUUGGCCAGGCAGGUUCCGGUAAUGUUCCGGAAUUCCUUCCCGUCAUCUUGAAGACCAUGCAGAAAGGCGGACACACUCAGUAUCUCCUUAUUCAGUCCAUCAAAGAAAUCCUGCAAUCGAUCUCUGCACAGUCUACUGACCUGCGAAACUACGCCCCAGCUAUCUGGGACGAGCUUCUCAAGGCUUCCGACAAUGCUGACAACAGAGUCGUUUGUGCUGAAUGUGUUGGACGACUUGUUACACUCGACCCUGCCGUUUUUAUUCCACGCCUUCAGGCUCUCCUAAAGGACCAGUCUUUGGGUAUUCGAGGAAUGGCCGUUCAAGCUGUUCGCUAUACCCUUCCCGAAAGUGACGAGGUUUUGGACGUGAUGCUACGGGAGGUUCUAAUUCAGAUGCUCCUGACAAUGCUACAAGACUCCGAUAUGGAUAUUCGCCGACUGGCAAUGAUCACGCUCACUACAGCUGCUCGAUCGAAGCCAGAUCUAAUCCACCCGCACUUGGGAGAACUAAUGCCAUUUGUUCUGCAAGAAUCGGUCAUUAAGAAGGAACUUGUGAAGGAAGUGAUGAUGGGUCCUUUCAAGCAUACCGUCGACGAUGGCCUUGAGGUCCGAAAGAGCGCGUAUGAGACACUGUACGCCUUGAUGGAGACUGCAUUCAGUCGCAUCAAUAACAUCGACUUUUACGAUCGUGUCGUCGCUGGUCUCAAGGAUGAUAAUGAUAUUAGGCAGCUCUGCAAUCUCAUGGUGACCAAGCUGAUCGUGAUCGACCCCGAUGAGACAACUCGACGUUUGAACUCGAUCGCUGAGGCGUACAGAACUGUCCUCUCGGUGAAGCUCAAGGAUAAUGCUGUAAAGCAGGACGUGGAGAAACAAGAGGAAGCCAACAAGAGCAUUCUUAGAGUGACUUCGCUCCUAGGAGAGAAGAUGAAGGCCAUGACUGGUAACGCCGGGGCAGCUACCAGUAACGCUGGUGCCGCCAGUACCUGGACAGGAUACUGGGAUUGGGUUAACAAGGAGUUUGAGAAGCAGUUGAAAACACUGAGGGAGGAGAACAACCAAUUGCAGACCCGGAUGGUCUAG